AGGAUUUAGUUUAAAGACUGAUACAGUUGUUUCUAACAUUGUGAUGUUAGUCUUUUCGUGAUAUUAUGGCAUGGAAUUAAUUUAUCUGUACACUGAAGCAUAAAAUAACGUUAAUAGACACGCUUCGUUUAUUUCUUUACUGACCCGGAACUGUCGAGUUCACUGUAGAUUGUUUAUAUGUUGGUUGAGAAAUUUACAUAAAACUGGACUCUACCGUGAAAUCGGUCCCCUUCAAGGUCAUAUCGCCGGCAAAGCAAAACCACGUGCUCGCUAGAAAAUUCUCAACUGUCAGUUGCAAGUCACUAGCUCCAAAUACAGAAUCAAAAUGGCCCGAGCAUUCAAGAAAUUCCUGCCUAUGUUUGAUCGUGUUCUUGUUGAAAGGUUUGCCCCUGAAAUGAAGACUAAGUCUGGGUUGAUGAUACCCGAGAAGGCACAAGGAAAAGUUCUGGAGGCCACCGUGGUCGCAAUUGGGUCAGGGCGUAGGAAGGAUGAUGGUUCCAUGGUACCAGUGAGUGUUGGAGUAGGUGAUAAAGUUCUGCUGCCUGAAUAUGGCGGCACCAAGGUCAACAUUGAAGAGCAGGAAUACUUCCUUUUCCGGGAUACAGAUAUUCUGGGAAAAUUUGAAUCCUGAACGAGGUCGUAGAUAGACUGGUGAUUUAAUCCAACAAACAAUGACCAUACUUGUGUUUUGAUCAUAUAAGGCACAGUCACAUUGAUAAAAAUUAUUGGGUUAACUACUGAGCUGUGUUCAUGUAGAUUGCUCGAAGUCGAAAAAUGAAAGUUCCGUGUUUUGAUAGGAAAUCUAUUACAUCUGUUUGAUUAUGAUCAUCAUGCUGUUUGUUUUAUUGAUAUUUGUGACCCAUUUUGUAUAACUGAGAUCAUUUACAGUUUUUGCACCUCUGCAUUUAUAUUUGUAUUGUAGUUCUAUUUAAUUCACAUUGUUCUCAUAAAUGUGGAAUACAUAUAUAUAUAUUACAAAUAGAGGAAACUUAGUGAAUUUAACAUUUACGUCCUUUCAAAAAUUGCCAUCAAGACACCUUUAAUGUUUUUACAGUAGCAAAUGUUCUGGUUUUUUCUUUCAAAGAAUAAUGAUUUUUAGUUGUACAUGAGUACGAAAUGUAUGUGUGAUAUUUUAUCAGUCAUUGUAAGAUGUUUUAUAGAUACUAUUAAAAGAUUUUGUACAA